GAUAAGCCCACAACUGAGCUGGAGCUGCUGGGGUGCCCAAAAAUCUCUCCCGCCAUGGACACUCUCUCUAUCCUCACACCUCCUCACACCUUCACGCGCCUCCUUUCUCUCAAACGCUCUUCUUAUCCCCUGCUUCACCAUCUCACCCAAACCACCCAUGCCCUAGGGUUUUGUUCCCCCAAAUCCCCUCCUACAUAUUCUCCAAGCUCACUGCGUUUUCGAGUCACUUUCCAAUCCCCAAGCUCAGCCUUCCCUGCAAAAUCUCAACUCUCCGAUGCCGACGAAGAAGAAGACGAAGACGAAGACGAGUACGAAGAGGAGGACGACGACGAAGACGUGGCUGCGGAUGAGUACGACGACGUUCCCGGCGAUAUUAUGUCGGACGGACUCGAACAGAGCGACGAUGAAAUCGUUACUUCAGUGGCGGCCGCAGAGCCGUCGACUCGGCCCGAGGAGUUCAAGUGGCAGAGAGUGGAGAAGCUGUGCAGCGAAGUCAAAGUGUUUGGCGAGGAAAUGAUAGAUGACGAAGAGCUCGCUUCUAUCUACGAUUUCCGAAUCGAUAAAUUUCAGAGAUUAGCGAUACAAGCAUUCUUGAGAGGUUCGUCCGUGGUGGUAUCGGCACCCACGAGCAGUGGAAAGACUCUGAUAGCAGAAGCUGCUUCCGUUGCAACCGUAGCCAGAGGAAGGAGAUUGUUUUACACAACCCCGCUGAAGGCCUUGUCCAAUCAGAAGUUUCGAGAAUUUCGUGAGACUUUUGGCGACGACAAUGUCGGCCUUCUUACUGGAGAUUCGGCAGUGAACAAAGAUGCUCAGGUUUUAAUUAUGACCACAGAGAUCUUGCGCAACAUGUUGUAUCAGAGCGUGGGAAUGGCUUCUUCUGGGGAUGGACUUUUUCAUGUGGAUGUUAUUGUCCUGGAUGAAGUUCAUUAUCUAAGUGACAUGUACCGGGGUACUGUGUGGGAAGAAAUCGUUAUUUAUUGCCCCAAAAAAGUUCAACUCAUAUGUUUGUCAGCAACAGUUGCAAAUCCAGAUGAAUUGGCUGGUUGGAUUGGUCAGAUUCAUGGUAAAACUGAAUUGGUAACUUCAUCAAGGCGUCCAGUACCAUUGACUUGGCAUUUCUCAACGAAGACUUCUUUGUUACCACUUCUUGAUAAGACAGGAAAGCACAUGAAUAGGAGGUUGUCAGUCAAUUAUCUUCAACUUAAUGCUUCAGGAACAAAAUCUUACAAAGAUGAUGGGUCUAGAAGGAGGAGUUCAAGAAGACGUGCAAGUGAGAUGAGCUAUGAUGACAGUACUGGUAACAUGUCUAGACGACCACUUUCAAAGAAUGACAUCAACUUAAUACACCGUUCACAAGUACCUCAAAUUACGGAUACAUUAUGGCACCUUAAGUCUCGAGAUAUGCUGCCAGCUAUAUGGUUUAUUUUUAGCAGGAAAGGAUGUGAUGCCGCUGUUCAGUAUGUUCAAGAUAACAAUCUCUUGGAUGACUGUGAGAUGAGUGAGGUUCAACUAGCCUUGAAGAGGUUCCGCAUUAAGUAUCCUGAUGCUAUCAGGGAGACUGCUGUGAAGGGUUUACUGCAAGGGGUUGCUGCACAUCAUGCUGGCUGUCUACCUUUAUGGAAAUCAUUCAUAGAAGAGCUGUUUCAGCGAGGACUGGUUAAGGUUGUCUUUGCUACAGAAACACUUGCUGCAGGAAUCAACAUGCCUGCUAGGACAGCCAUUAUUGCAUCCCUCAGCAAAAGAAGCGACGGUGGACGUACCCAAUUAAGCCCAAAUGAGCUGUUUCAAAUGGCUGGGCGUGCUGGGCGUAGAGGGAUUGAUGAAAGGGGUCAUGUAGUGCUUGUUCAAAGUCCUUAUGAAGGUGCUGAAGCCUGUUGCAAGAUUGUUUUUGCUGGACUUGAACCUUUGGUGUCCCAGUUUACAGCUUCAUAUGGAAUGGUGCUAAAUCUUCUUGCUGGUGCAAAAGUUACCCAUAGAUCAAAUGAAUCAGAUGACACGGAAGCUUCCCAAUCAGGGCGAACUUUGGAAGAAGCUAGAAAGUUAGUCGAGCAAAGUUUUGGAAACUAUGUUGGCAGCAAUGUUAUGCUUGCUGCAAAAGAAGAGCUUACUAGAAUUCAGAAAGAAAUUGAGAUACUGACUUUGGAAAUUAGCGAUGAUGCCAUCGAUAGAAAGAGCAGGAAGCUUCUAUCUGGACCAGCAUAUAAGGAGAUUGCAGAUCUACAGGAAGAAUUAAGAGCAGAGAAACGCCUAAGAACUGAACUUAGAAGAAGAAUGGAAUCUCAGAAACUAUCUUCACUGAGACCCAUGUUAGAGGAGUUUGAAAAUGGACACUUGCCCUUUUUGUGCCUGCAGUACAAGGAUUCUGAAGGAGUUCAACACUCUAUCCCGGCUGUUUAUCUGGGGAAGGUUGACUCAUUCAGUAGUUCAAAGCUUAAGCACAUGGUUUCUGCUGAUGAUGCUUUUGCACUAAACGCAGUAACCUCAGAGUUUGAAUCAAAUUUAGUUUUUGAACCAUCAUAUUAUGUGGCUCUUGGUUCAGAUAAUUCUUGGUAUCUAUUUACAGAAAAGUGGAUUAAAACAGUUUAUAAGACGGGCUUCCCAAAUGUUGCUUUAGCUCUAGGAGAUGCUUUGCCUCGGGAAAUUAUGAGUAUGCUUCUGGAUAAGACGGAACUGAAGUGGGAGAAGCUUGGUGAGUCUGAACUUGGUGGUUUUUGGAACAUGGAAGGAUCUCUCGAGACAUGGUCUUGGAGUUUGAAUGUUCCUGUCUUGAAUAGUCUCUCUGAGCAUGAUGAGCUUUUGCAUAAGUCAGAAGCAUACCAUAAUGCUGUUGAGCGUUACAAAGAUCAAAGAAAUAAAGUUUCACGUCUGAAGAAAAAGAUAUCACGUACACAAGGCUUCAGAGAAUACAAGAAAAUCGUUGACAUGGCCAAGUUUACAGAGGAAAAGAUUAAACGCUUGAAGGGUAGAUCAAGACGUUUGACUAAUCGAAUUGAACAAAUUGAACCCUCUGGUUGGAAGGAAUUCUUGCAGAUCAGCAACGUCAUACACGAGACUCGGGCAUUGGAUAUUAAUACUCAUGUCAUGUUUCCACUUGGUGUAACCGCAGCUGCUAUUCGAGGAGAAAAUGAACUCUGGCUUGCCAUGGUUCUUCGAAAUAAAAUCUUAAUAGAUUUGAAGCCUCCGGAACUUGCUGCUGUCUGUGCAAGUUUAGUAUCUGAAGGGAUCAAAGUUCGUCCUUGGAAAAACAACAGCUACAUAUAUGAACCUUCUAGUACAGUAGUUGACGUGGUCAACUUCUUGGAUGAGCAGAGAAGCUCUUUUUUACAGCUUCAAGAGAAGCAUGGUGUGAACAAGCCUUGCUAUUUGGACACCCAGUUUUCAGGUAUGGUUGAAGCCUGGGUUUCUGGGUUGACCUGGAGGGAAAUCAUGAUGGACUGCGCGAUGGAUGAGGGUGACUUAGCGCGGCUCCUACGACGAACAAUCGAUCUGCUAGUGCAAAUUCCUAAGUUGCCGGACAUUGACCCGCUACUGCAAAGCAAUGCAAAGACGGCGUCAAAUAUUAUGGACCGUCCUCCCAUAAGUGAGCUGGCUGGAUGAAUGACAUUAUAUUCUAACAAAUUGAAAUUUGUAGACCAACAAUUUCAUAACAUCAUGUACUGUGCCUAUUGGCCGUCUCAGAGCCGAUCAAGCUCUUUCAUUCUUUUUUCAUCUGAAGAAAACAAGUUCAAAGUCGAUAUCUAAAACAAACAAUAGGUAAAGUCACCCAGAAUCUAGUCUUGGGAGCAUGAUCUUUUAUCAGCUGUAAUUGUAUCAGUAAAAUUAUCUUGUACAAUCAAAUCAGUUGCUACUGCUCACCAUGUGGAGAGCAUCUUAUAUAUAA